AUGCCGGGCCGGGGUCCGCCUGAGGGCGCGCCCUGCAGCCCCGCGCACCACCUCUGGCUCUCGGAGGCGCUCGGCCGGCGGUUGAUGCGGCGAGGAUGGAGCAAGGAGGCUGAGACGGGAGGUGACAAGAGGAGGCGGGCGCGAGGAAGAAGCACAGAGCGGGUUGCCAAGUGGGGCACCCGGCUGCCGCGAAGCUCCCGAGUGGCCCAGGCGGCCGCGGGGGAUGCGCGUCGUACGCCCCCCUCCGAGAGGCCGCGCCCUCGCCGAACCCGCCCCCUCCUGCGCCGCCGCAGCUCGGCCGCCUCUCCAAGGGGCCGAGGUGAUCUCCGGCAGGACCCACGCGGGGCCCGCGCCACUCCUCCCGCUCCGCCCCCGGCUCCUCCCUUCCCGGCGGAAGGCCAGGGACGCGCGGGACACGGAUCCGGAACGCUGAGGCUGGGCGUACACACGCACCUGGCGGUGGAGGUGAAAGACCUCGAGUCCCCAGUAUACUCAAAGCGUGGUCCUCGAGUCAGCAGAUCGGCACCACCUGGGAGCGUGUUAAAAAUGCUCAGACUUCGUCCCAAACCUAUUGAAUCAAAAUCAGCAUAUUUAGCAGGAGCCCAGGCUGGGGCCAUCACGUUUCAAGCAUGGAAUCGGUGGAAGGCCCCCAUAGGAAAACCCCGUUGGCCUUGGUUGUCGCGUGGCCUUUCUCGGAGCGUACAGGAGUAAAAAUGCAAAGACCCACACCAGGCUAAGAAUGUAAUCCCCAGAAGGACAAGAAUUUCUGUCCCUGUUCCCUGCUUUAUCCCCAGCACCUAGAUUAAUGCCUGGCACACAAUAUUUGCACAGUAAGUAUUUAUUGAUGUCUGUGAUACCCUUCUUAAUGUCAAAAACUUCCACCAAUCCCUAAUUCAUGGCUAAGCUUUGCUGUCUGCUUUCUUGAUCAAUUUCUCGAUAGUGCUCCUCUUACAAGCAGCCCUAAAAAAUGUGCAUUCUUAACAUGAGAUUUGAUUUUCUUUCUUGACUCUUUUUCUCUACAUCCAGAAUUAUCCAUUUUAAGCAUUUUUUAGCUAUUAUAUGUCAAACAUGAUUGCCAGUACACAAUGUAAUGGCAGAUUAGGAACCAGGCACAAGUAAGUAAACUGUCACCUAUCACUCUAUCUGAAGGAGGGACAGCCCAGUGUGAUCAGUCACAUUGGUCAAGAACAAGUAAUAAUGUACACCCUACCUUACUGGAUAUGAGAAAAAUACGUGUCAAUUAUACCUUUGGGUACUAUAAUGUAUGUGUGUGGAUAUGUUAUUAGAAUGCACUAUAAUCAAUUAUUGCUGUGCAGGGCAGUACUAAAACACAAAUGCUUCUAUUUUAAACUGAUGAAUCUCUGUAAAGUUACCUUAAAUUGGCAAGUGAAGAUAGGGGUGUUCCUUUGGCCAGAGUAAAUUUUUUAACUUGAAAAUUUUAACAGUUUCCUAUAUGUAGUCAUUUUUAAGGUUUCCUCUAAUAUUCAGCAUUAGGAGGAGAGGAGUGAUUGAGAACCCCUAUGGUGGUAUAGUUCAACAGGUGUCAAAUAAUGACCUGGUAAUGAAUAAUGUAUUAAUUAAUUAAUACUCCUGCUUUUUGUCUUGUGAUAAAAAAUAUUUCUACUUCUACAUCUAUAGUUCUUAUUGUUGAAAGAAGUUCUGAUGUUAGAAAUAUAGAGUUUUUCUCUGAUAAAAUUGCUAAACAUUUGCAUGAACGCAGAAGUGGUAGUUAAAAGAUCAGAUAUGUCUUGGAUAAUUGACACUGAUUAUGACUCUGGAAUGCUCACGCUCACACUUUUCCAGUUGUCCUCAAUGUGAAAUGACUUCUCAAUAUAACUUGGCCCAGCAUUCUCAUGAGAUAUAAUUAGGAGUGAUAUCCAGAAAGAGCUGGGGUCCCAGCCUAUAGUCCAAAAGGCAGAAAAAUCCAUUACCAGAUAACCAAAGAAAGCUAAGUGCUUUGGGUUAGCAAAGAUGAACAGAAUAGUGAAGCUGAAAAGAUCCAAGAAAUCAUCAAUUUAAUCCUUUCCUCUAACAAUGAGGAAACUGGGGACCAUGGCAGUCAUACAAUAGGGAGUCACUGAAUGAUUGGAAGGAGGAGUGAUGGGAUCAUAUCUGUGCUUUAGAAAGAUCAAUUUUUGGGGUGCCUGGGUGGCUCAGUUGGUUAAGCAUCCGGCUUUGGCUCAGGUUGUGAUCUCACAGUUUGUGA